CCCCGCUGACGUCAGGACGCCUCGGUCCUCGGAGCCUCCCCGCUCCGGAGUCCCUCGCGGGCCGGGGCUGCGCGUGCGGCCGGCUGAGCUGUUCGGGCCAACGGCGCCAGUUUGAAUGAAAGCUCCGCAAGAUGGCGGCGGCCGGAGCCCGGGCGCGGAGAGGGGCGGCUGGCGCGCGCUGUCACCCGCCGCCGGCUCCGCUCCGCAGGCCCAAGCCCCGGAGGACGACGACGUGGACGGGACGCCGCCGCGCGGACACCUCGGGCUCGGGACGCUCGCGGACGGCUGCGGGCCGGAGACGCGCCGGCCCCAGGGUCCCGCGGGCCCCGCUCCUCGCGGGCGUGUGUGCACGCGCGGCCUCUUUCAAGGCCUGGUGUGUGCCUUGCCUAGUUUCACUUGAUACUCUUCAGGAAUUAUGUAGAAAAGAAAAGCUCACAUGUAAAUCGAUUGGAAUCACCAAAAGGAAUCUAAACAAUUAUGAGGUGGAGUACUUGUGUGACUACAAGGUAGUAAAGGAUGAGGAAUAUUAUCUUGUAAAAUGGAAAGGAUGGCCAGAGUCUACAAAUACUUGGGAGCCCUUGAGAAACCUCAAGUGUCCACAACUCCUGCAGCAGUUCUCUAGUGACAAAAAUAGUUACUUAUCUAGGGAAAAGAAAGGCAAUGCAAUUACUUCAAAAAACAGUAAGAAAUUCUUGAAACCUGCUGUUGCUGAGUACAUUGUAAAGAAAGCCAAGCAAAGAAUAGCUCUGCAAAGGUGGCAAGAUUACCUCAACAGAAGAAAGAACCACAAAGGGAUGAUAUUUGUUGAAAAUACUGUUGACUUGGAGGGCCCGCCUUCAGACUUCUACUACAUUAAUGAAUAUAGGCCAGCUCCAGGGAUCAGCUUAAACAGUGAAGCUACCUUUGGGUGUUCAUGUACAGACUGCUUCUUUGAAAAGUGUUGUCCUGCUGAAGCUGGAGUUGUUUUGGCUUAUAAUAAAAACCAGCAAAUUAAAAUCCAACCUGGCACUCCCAUCUAUGAAUGCAAUUCAAGAUGCCGAUGCGGACCUGAUUGUCCCAAUAGGAUUGUACAAAAAGGCACACAAUAUUCACUGUGCAUCUUUAGAACUAGCAAUGGCUGUGGCUGGGGUGUAAAAACCCUUGUGAAGAUUAAAAGAAUGAGUUUUGUCAUGGAAUAUGUUGGAGAGGUCAAGAUGACAUGA